ACAAACAGGAAAGUCCUUAAGAAACACGAGUCUGGUCUUGACGCCCUUAAACUCACUUAUUUUAUACUGCGUGAUGGCUCGAAAAAAGUCCAGAAUUCCAAUAAUAUUUACCUUUGUUUUGAUCUUCGUCGGCCUGUCAUUGGCCAUUCAUUCUUCUCAACGUAAACAAAGUCGUGAGAGAAGGCAGGCAUGUGAAGAGUAUACUUAUGAAGGAAGGACCUGUUGUAAGUGUGGUGCUGGCUUAAAGCUGAAGGAGCACUGCAGCACCCCAAGAACUGAGAGUGAAUGUGACCUCUGCGAGGACAACACGUUCAGCAGCGUCCCUAAUUCCCUGACGACUUGUGAACCCUGCAGACCCUGCUCACAACUCGCUAAUCUGGAGGCGGCUACUAACUGUACUCGUACAAGCGACACUGUUUGUAAAUGUAAAGACCACCAUUAUUGCAUCAGUGACACUGAUCCCUGUACGGAAUGCAGGCCAUGUACAGUAUGUGAUCCAGGUGUGGGUGUCAAAGUAAAGUGUUCACCUACCAAUAACACAAUCUGCAACGAACCACAAGGAAAUAAUGUUGGAAUAGGAGUGGGCAUAUUCUUCAUUCUACCUGCUUUCAUUGGCGUUGGAGUUUUCCUUUGGAUGAAAAGAAAAACUUUCCCAUGUUGUGGAAAGAAAGACUCAGACUCCUCGAAUAAUGGUGUCGUACACCAUGAACAGGAGAUGGAACAUCUUAAUGUCAAUGAAAAUCUGAAACGUUACAUCCCUGACAUUGCACCAGAGAUAGGAUGGACGGACAUGAGGAACAUAGCAAUGGGUAGCAACAUACCGAUCGGUAUUAUUGAGUCACUUGAGCUGGACUAUCGUCAAGAUAGUCAGGAGCGGACAAUACGCCUCCUUGGGGUCUGGGCAGAGGCAGAGGGGAGAGAAGCCUCGAGGAAACUGAUUCAGCGUCUAAGAAAAAGUAGCAAAAAGGGCAAAGCAGAGAGAGUAAUGGAAAUAUUAAGUGUUGGCAACUCUGAUAGCUCACAUCCACCUGCUGAGGUUGUGAACAUUGAUUAGGAAGUAUUGUCUGCCUGCUGUAUAUGAACCUUUACUGUGAUUGUACAGUUUGGGAUGUUUACAUGAUGUCUUAAUUGUAUAAAUAUGGAUUUAGUAUGCCUUUUUGCUUGUACUUGAACUGGCAUCAUUUUGCUUCAAUACCUUGAACUAAACAUGAUACAAUUUGACGCACUAAUUUGUGUUUAAGCCACAUUAUUAGUGUUAUUAUAUAUUAUUAUUAUGAUUGUACAUAGUAAGCCCUUAAAAUGUCAUGUGUCUUUACCAUUGGCAUAGAUUGUUUACAAAACAUUUAUAUGUAUUUUUCUUUAAGUUGAACUCAGGUUAAUUUCUCACUUUUAAGAUGUAAAAUUCAACAUUGUAUAAUGUCAUAUGAAUGUAUUUGUUGUGUGAGAGUAUGUGUGUUGGAUUUUUAUGCUUGUUUACUUGAAGCCAGUUAAAGGUUACAGUAUAAUGUAAUACAACUGCCUGAUACAGAUGAUAUGUGGUUGAUGCAUGGCUUGUUGUUCUUUGUUUCUGUUUGGCAAAAAAAAAAAAAAAAAUAGAUUGUGUAAUUUACCUUUUAAUAUGUGAAAUUAUUGCCAAGAUUAUAUAAU